UCAGGACCAGGCACCCGUGUGCCCCCUGGACUUUGCCCCAUUUCAAAUGCCAUUCCGUUAUAUAAUACGUAACACAGUCUGUAAUAGUAACUCGUGUAAGUCACUACCGCCACACGUGACAAUUCGUGGAAGCCGGGCCCAGGUACGGGCAGAACAUGACAAACAGGUGACCCAUGAGGGAAUGUAGAGGGGUAGUAGGAACGUAAGGAACCUACUGCUGGAUUUGGAAGCUAACAAUUAACGCAAACAAGAUGGUGGAAGAAAUAGAUAUUGAGGCCGAAACCUCCGGACGCCAUUGCUCUUCCGGAGACGCCUCCCUUCUCCUGGAACAGCCAGAUAGAACAGCGGCUCUUCCUUCUGGUGAACUCCCUCCCAUGACGGGAUUCCAGAAGAAGGCGCUAGUCUGCCUGAGCUAUGCCUACUGUAUGGGGUACGCCAGGUCAGCCAUCAUGGCGCCUUUCUUUCCAAGCCAGGCUGCAGAACGAGGCGCAUCAGAGACUAUUGUCGGCUUCAUCUUCGGCUACUACUCACUCAUAGCCUUUCUCUCCGCCCCUCUAAUCGGCAAACUGAUCUCACACACUGGUCCCAGGUUCAUGUUUCUGUGCGGGUCUCUGGUCGGAAUGUGUGUCUGGGUCCUCACAGGUGUAAGCGGCUACACGGCCGGCGCCCCGUUCGUCGGACUGUGCUUCGCGGUGUUCACGGUAGAGGGCGUCUGCUACUCCGCCUUCGAAAUCGCCCUGAUGGCGACGGUUGCCCGGAUCUAUCCAAGAAGGGUCUCAACAGUCAUGGGCACGAUGGAGAUCUUUAUCGGUUUGGGCACCAUGGUCGCUUCCCCUGUAGGCGGAGCUCUGUUUGAGUCGGGAGGUUACCUGGUGCCGUUCCUGGUAGCGGGGUUACUGCUCGGCUCCUGUGCCUUCGUCGUCUGCAUCAUCCCGCCAAAUGCAGUGAAAGAAGACGUAAAAUCCGGAUCCCUGACUCGCCUGGUGACCAUCCCGGAUAUCAUGGUUGUCGCUGGUGUCAUAUUCGCUGUCUAUCUUAUCUACGCCUUCCUGGACCCCACACUGGAGCCCCAUCUAACGGGACAGUUCGAGAUCUCACAGACUGAAGUCGGAGUUGUAUUUAUGGUGGGGAACGGUGCGCAUGCGCUGGCAUCGCCCUUUUGGGGGUGGCUUGCAGAUAAAUAUGUGAAAUGGACAAGGGUACAGAUGACUGUCGGUGUGCUGGUGUCGGCUGUAGCGUUCACGUUCCUUGGACCAGCUCCCUUCUACGGUACUGCGGGGAUGAUCUGGGAGAUUUAUGUGGCCCAGGUAGUUUUCGGAAUCGCCAAGUCAGCAGCCAUUGUGCCGACGUAUGCAGAACUGCUUCGAGCCGCAAGGGCGGCCGGCAUGCCUGAUGACCUCGGAACAUAUGGCGUCAUUUCCGGUGUUUACGACCUCAUGAUGAAUUUAGGAUAUCUUAUAGGCUCUACUGUUGGCGGGGUGCUCAUGGAAGAGAUCGGAUUUCCCUGGGCGUCCACGUCUAUGGCAGGAGUGUGUUUACUACAGGGCUGUAUCAUGGUGGUGUUUUACGUCGUGAAGUUGAAGGGCAAACAUUUAAGCUUUGGCAGUCGUGAAGCGGACAACAGAAACGAGGAAACUGCGCAUGCGUGUACGCCUACAUCUAGCAAUCAGACAUAUGGGGCUGUUUUAUGACACAAUAGGUCUCAAGAUGUAAAUGUUACUUAAGACAGUAAUUUAUUUUUUCCCGUAAGUCGGCACUCAUGACAGUAGAUCCACAAAAAUCUAUAGAUUGCCGUGUCUUGCCACACGAAACAUCACAUAUGACCCACUGCCGACGUCACACUUCCGGUCUGGAUGUGUGACAUGGGCUUUGGUCAUUUCAACUUGAUGAGGAUCAGAGGACUGAUCAAAAGCUUGUUGUUAAGCGCUUUAUUUGGUGCCCAGAUAUAAAGUUUUAAAUUGUAACCAUAAAGAUUACAUGAAGGUAAACCAACAAUCCUUAGUUAAAUUAGCCUACAUUUGUGACAUGUAGCGUUCGUAUGACUCAAUCACACCGGGUUAACAUUACCAUCCAAAACGACAAAUGCAACCCCUAACGAUUACAUUUGAGUAGAUUGGAACCACCAUUACAAAGAUUCAAAUGAAAUGAAUUGUUGGACAGCAAGCGGUAAGGCUUACAGCUUCACCACAAUAGUAUGAAUGAAUUUCAACGGCAAACACAUGUUUUUACCAUAACUAUAUACAUUAGAUCAACUUGUUGGAAGUAAAUGUGCGAAUUGAUAGCAAACCUAACGUUUUCCUGUCUAUGGUAUAUUUAAGACUACCAUACACCAUGAAAUAACAAUAACACAGCAGUAACUUCCCUUGUUAAAGUCAGACAUAAUUAUAACUCAUCAAAAGAUCCACUUACGAAGUUUCAGUCGCAGUACUUGUGAACGACGUGGAAGCAAUAAAAAAGUGAUCACAAAAGAACCGCAUAGCUUACAAAAAAAUUGAGAAUAUAUCAGGAGCAAUCUCGACUUUGUAAGAUGUGCUCCCUCUUCAGCCAACCUUUAAUCUGGCCUGCAUUGGUCUCAGCUGAUUUCGCUAUCAGCGACGAAAGGGCAGAAUGGAAGUCUUUACCACAUAGGAAUUGUGCUAACUGCGUGGUUUUGCGUGAAAGGCAUAAUAUCAAUCAAUAUUUUCCCUUUGUAACUGGGUAAAUCGUCGUCAUGCAGUCUCGUAAGGAAGUUAAAAGUCUAUUUUAAACGUUGGAAGUCGUGAAACAGAUUAAUGAUUAAUAGAAACGGAGAACCUGCUUCUAGGAAACACCAAAUUAACAUGUCAUCCGAGGUCGUUAACA